AUGCCACCAAUUACAUGUCAUAUUCUUGAUACUACAAGAGGGAAACCAGCUGCUAAUGUUUUUGUAUCAAUCUAUAAAUUAUCAGAAUUACCAAAAGAUGAUGAAGAAUUAACUAUUGAAGAAAUAGAACCAUUUGGAGUAACAAAGACAAAUCAAGAUGGUAGAGUUGAUAAAUGGGUAUUCCAUCCAAAACAAGAUUUAAAUUCAUUAGGUAUAGAUAAACAAGAUUGGAAUGAACUUAAAUCAGGUAUUUAUAAAAUUCGUUUCCAUACAUCAAAAUAUUUCAAAACUUUAGCAAUACAAGAUAAAGAAAAUGGGAUAACGAGUGAUUCAAGAACAUUUUUCCCAUUUGUUGAUAUUGUAUUUACCGUUAGUGAUCCACCUGAUAAUCAUUAUCAUAUUCCAUUACUUUUAGCUAAUCAUAGUUAUACAACUUAUAGAGGUAGUUGA